CAGAAGAGGGCAGCAUCUUGUUUUUACUGCAUCUAUUCUGAUAAAUGAAGAAGAACAAGGAGGAAGAAGACACAGCAGUCACCCUGCAGAGUAGUAGAGAGCAUGAAUAAACAGCAUUGAUCUACAGAUAUGUCUGCAGGUUGUGUGCGGUGGAUGCUGAGCCGUACAGUGAGAGCUGUGUGUGGCGGCAGCCGCGGCUACUGGACACCAGCAUCAAGAUUCAGCAUAUGCAGCGACAGAUCAAACAUCACAGCUUCCUCCUGGAGACGGUCUCCGUUCUGCACCGCUGUAGACGAUGAUACAGAACAGACUCCCGCGCUAAAGAAAAAAAAGCAUGACCCCCGAGCUCCUGCCACAAUCGGCGCCGUUGGCCGCAAGAUCCCGCAGCGCGAGAUACAGGUGAUAAGCGAGACAGGCGAGGAGCUGGGCACCAUGCACCGUUCAGAUGUGAUCAGAAUCAUGGACGAGCGGGGUCUCAAAUUGGUGCUGCUCAGUGAACGCAAAGAUCCUCCCGUCUACCAGCUGAUGAGCGGCAAACAGAUCCACGAAGAGCAGCUGAAACUGCGGGAGAAACCGAAAGCUAAAGCAGCUGCCGUGCAGGUGAAAGAGCUCACCUUUUCAUCCGGCAUCGCAGCUCAUGACAUCUCCACCAAGAUGAAACAAGUGGAGAGUUGGCUGGAGAAGAAGAACCAUGUUAGAAUUACUCUGAAAUCAGGACGCGGAGCACCUGUAGUCGAGCUGGACACGACUCUGGAGCAGAUAGUGCAACAAAUGAAGGUGGCGGUGGGAUUUGUUUCUAAGCCAAAAACCAUACGUGACGGUCAAGCAGCCAUGUGCAUCCUCCGACCGCCUUCAGCAAAGGAGCUGUCGCAGAAAGGGAAGAACAAGGCUGCAGAUUCGCAGUCUGACGGCUCGAGUUCGAAAGCCACCGAGAGCAAAACACCCGCCUCUCCUGUUAGCAACACGGACACAACAGAAGGAUCUAUACAGCAGUGAUCUGACGGAAAUAAAACAUUCUCAUGAAAACUAAUUGACUUAAAUGUCACGGUUUGGUGUAAAUUUCUUCACCAGGUCAGCGCAGUGCAGGUCACCAGGGGAGACACUACAGGUGAAGACGGUAAACAUUUUAAUUAAUAGACAUCACCAUGACAUUUCCUCAGUUGGUAUUAAAUACGCAAAUGAGGCAUUAUCAUUUAAAAUCUUUGCAUACAUUUCCAGAACAGAAAUCUGAACAUUGGAUAAAGCCAGGUUCAAAAUGCUUGUUUCAUUUUGCUCUCACAUUAGAGUCAAAGGUUUUUACUGAGGGAAUCUCUUUUUAUCACUCCAAAAAUCAGAAAUUACUGUCAACAAGCAUAACAAAAUCAAUUUGUGCCAUGGUUUUAGUGAUAAAAUGUUCUAUAAAUAAGGAGUUCAAACAGCGUUUCAGACGGAGGGUGAAAAGAGGUGCUGCAGAACAGCCGGUGUGAGAGAAAUAAAGCGUUUUUUGAACAUUAAAGCAUGUAAACAGGUUGGUUAGUUAUUGAUAACAAAGAUGCUCUAUUACAAUCAGAAUACUACCGGCUUAGCACCAAUGUGAGUACAGCGACGUAACGACCCUUCCUUCUUUUAUAUAUUCCUUGGGCUGCAGUGUAUGUGAAUGAUAUCAGCUGACAGGAAGUAAACAUGGACCCAAGCUGUUGCACAGAAAUGCAAUUCUGCAUUGAGAUGGUCUAUAUGGAAGCAUCUGCAUUCGUUAGGUUUCUCUAAUCAUUCACCUUAAAUGUGUCCCGUCUGUAAACGUAACCGGUGUGGAGUGGACCAGAUGUUUAGAUGGGAGGUGAAUCCCCACAUGUGACAGUGUGAACAGAUUUGUGUACCCAAAAUGUGAUAAAUACAUUGCUGUUU